CAAAGAGAAAUCUGAGCGAAGGGUGGAUGAACCAGAAAGUCAAUUGGAGAUGCGUGCAACCAAAGGGCAGAAGAAAUCCACGUCAAAGAAGCUGGAUUUUAGUCAUCUGCAAAGCACAUUCGAUUCUAUUAGCAAAAGGACUAACUCUAUGCCUACCACCUUGGAAGUACAGCCAAAUAUUCCACCGCAACAGCCAGAAAAUAAAAAGAGAAAGGAGCUAUUGACUAUGCCUACUGCUGAGAAAGUCAAGAAUGGAGUGCAGGGUGGAAAAUCAACACAAGGCUUGAAGAAGUCUAAGCCUACAAACAUGGAGGCAGAUGAACUUACAAGGAAGCUCGAAGCGAUUCGUAAAAUGAACAACAACGUGUCAACAAGUCUAAGCCAAGAGCGGAGUUGUCCAAGUUCUACUCAACUCACAAUCAACCAAGGGCAGCAGCAGAAUACUCAACUCACAGAUGAAGAGACUCAAAUAGGGCAAGAUGACACAUCUUUGCCUUCUCCUGAAACUAUCCCAUAAAAUGAAAGUGCAAUGUUGGAGCAAGGAAUAUCACCAAAGGGUAAGAGGAUGCUAGGAGUAAAGGCUACAACAAUUGACAAAUUCUUAAAGGAAAAUGGGAUAGAUGUGGAAAUUGAAGGACCAAGCACUGAACUAAGUGAGGACGGGGAAGAAAGCAUGGCACUUGAUAAAGACUAUUAUCAACAUGUGAUGGAGGACAUUGAUGAUGAAGAAGGAGAGCCAAAGAAGAAGAAAACCCGUGGAAAAACAACUUGCAAGGAGAUUUAUGCAAGGACUAUGGAACAGCGGAAAGAAGUCACUUUUGAUCUUGGACAGCCCGUAGGACCAACCGACCAAAGUGUUUCUAAUUUAACUAGUUUUGUUGGCACUAUUGGUAGAAAUAAAAGAUUUGUUAGUCUUUUGUAA